UACAUAAUGAGCAUUCGAUUAUAAGACAUGAGGUUAUUUCUGCUGAAGGACAACUCAUCAGUCAAAGUAGAAUUGAAACAACAAGAUGACAUCCUCUUCAACCUUGUCACUAAAGCAGGUUUUAAUACCAGAAUAGCUUUUAGAUAGAUCACCGAUUAACAUUUUGGUUCCAGUAAUCGAAGGCAAUUAACCAAUAACAAUCAAAGUAAAUGAUUACACUGCUGAAAUACUUCCAGACAAUCUUGAAAUGUAAUCAACAUAUAAAUUGCUACUUUAAAAUGGGUAACUUACUUAAGAACCUAUUCAACCGGGAGAUGUCUUUGCAUUGUCAUUCAAAGUUCGAAAUGGCAAUGCAAACACUCAAGGAGUCACUGGCAAUUCAGCUAUGAAUGGAUCUACCCUAUCUACUAUAUAGCUAUCCCAAUUGAGACACAAAUUAGUUGAAUAAGGUAAAGGAACUUCGAUGUAUUAAUCUGCUUCUUCACUCAGACACAGCAUACCUGAAGUCUCCUUUUCCAAAGCUCAGAGGUCAGUAUUGUCAUUAUUUUAGAUUUGAUAAAAACUUAACUCUCAGAACUGAGUUCAAUUACAGCAUUCCUGAUACCGUUGGAUCUACAGGCAGAUAAACAGGCUUCGGUUAUGGCAACAAAUUCAUUUCUCCUUUAUAUGUCCAAAGGAAUGCUGAAUAAAAUCCACCUCCUGAUGCAUAUUUCAAAGAAGAAACAAAAUAGCCCUCUAAAUAUAGAAAAACUAAUUGGUCCUAAAGUGACAGAUUCAAAAUGUCACAGACUGUCCAAGUGCCUAGUCCUAAUGCCUAUGAAGUUACCUAGAUGAUUGGUUCAAAUAAAGUAAAUUUGAAAAUGGAUUAUUAAUUAUAGCCCUCCUGUACCAUCGGUGCUAGAAUUAAGCCAUUAGCAACCUUUUAAGAAAAAGUUCCUGCCUCUAACACCUACGAGGUCAAAACUUCGAUCAUUGAACCCUCUAGAUUUAAUAAGAUUACACUUGGAUACGGAAAUAAGUCUGAUUUCACCAAAAAUGACAAAACUCCUGGACCUGGUACAUAUGAAUAACCCUCAGUGUUUAAAAAUAUGUCUUCUUCUAUUUUAAAUAAUGGAACUUUAAGAACAAAUGUAAUGAGGAAAUGA